GGUGAAGAUUGUCCUCGAGAGAAUACUUCUUCAAAGGCUGCUCUUAUUGUGAAGAGUCCGAGGAGGAAGUUGAGUUGUUGUCGCGGCUCCCGGAAAGAAAGCUGGUGAAGGACUCUGGUCCACGGGUCCACGUAAACCCAGCUGCAGGACUCCAGAGGACGGACACGGACUGGACGAAGAAAGUUACCUGUCGGUGUGAAGAGGAGAACAUGGACUCUGUGGUUCCUGACCUGCCCAGCGGCCCGCUGGAUGCCUACAGACAGAAAGCUUCUUUCAACUGGAAAGAGAUGCUGCUGUUCAUCGACGGAGAGGACGCGAUCGCGUUUAAGAGAAAAUUGUUCCAGACUCUGGAGAGUGACCCUCUGUUUGCCCGGCAGCCAGGUGAAGACAUCCCGGUGGAGAAGAUGAGAGAGCUCACCUUCCUCAGGACGAAGAAGCUGUUUUCCUACGACUUCCUGCGGGACGAAGAGGCCAUGGGUAAUCCCUGGUUGACCAUUGUCCUCAACAACAGUCUGGGCAUGUACGACUGGGCAUGCUCAGCCAAGUACUUCCUCAACAGAGGGAUGUUUGGAGCAACUGUGGCUAACUCUGGAUCAGACCGACACAGUCAAUAUGUUGAACAGAUAAACACCAUGAAGAUCUUUGGAUGUUUUGCUCUGACUGAGCUGAGUCACGGCAGCAACACCAGAGCCAUGAGGACCACAGCGACAUUUGACCCCAAAACACAGGAGUUUGUGAUCAACUCUCCGGACUUCGAGGCCGCUAAGUUCUGGGUGGGGAAUCUGGGAAAGACGGCGACUCAUGCUGUGGUGUUUGCUCAGCUCUACACACCUGACCAGGUGUGCCAUGGCCUGCACUCCUUCGUCGUCCCGGUGAGAGACCCUCAGACUCUGCUGGCCCUGCCCGGGGUCCUGGUGGGUGACAUGGGGAAGAAGCUGGGUCAGAACGGGCUGGAUAACGGGUUUGCUCUGUUUCACAGCGUGAGGAUCCCCAGAGAGAAUCUGCUGAAUAAGACGGGAGACGUGACGCCUGAUGGACGAUACGUCACUCCCUUUAAAGACCCUAACAAGCGUUUCGGGGCCUCUCUGGGGGCGCUGUCAGGGGGCCGGAUCUCCAUCACCAGGAUGGCUCUGACUAACCUGAAGCUGGCUCUGAUCGUGGCCGUCAGAUACUCGGCCACCAGGAGACAGUUUGGACCCAAAGACACGGAGGAGAUCCCCGUCCUGGAGUACCAGCUGCAGCAAUGGCGUCUGAUCCCGUACCUGGCCACAGCGUACGCUCUGGAACAUUUCACUAAAACCAUCUUCAUGAACUUUGUGGAGUUUCAGAUUGGACAGAUGAUGAGGGACAAGAGUGACAGACAGGCUGAGAUGGGCAGAGAGAUCCAUGCUAUUGGCUGCAGCAGUAAACCUCUGGGCUCGUGGAUGGCUCAGCGAGGGAUCCAGGAGUGCAGGGAGGCCUGUGGAGGGCACGGAUAUCUCGCCAUGAACCGUUUGGGUGAUCUGAGGAGUGAUAAUGAUCCAAACUGCACUUAUGAAGGAGACAACAACGUGUUGCUGCAACAAACCAGUAACUACCUGCUGAGCUGGCUGCAAGCUAAACAACACGACGGAGCAAAGAUCGAGUCUCCUCUUCAUUCCGUAGACUUCCUGGAUGAUUAUCAAAAGAUCCUACAAAAUAAAUUCACAUCAACGACCGUGGAAGAAUGUAUGGACCCUACAGUGUGCCUGUCGGCGUAUCGAUGGUUGGUGUGUUUCCUGCUGGAGGAGAGUCAAAGGAGGCUACAGCAGCAGAGAGACGCAGGACUCAAUGACUUUGAGGCCCGGAACAACAGCCAGGUGUAUUACUGUCGCUCUCUGGCGAUGGCUUACAUUGAAACGAACUGUCUGCAGAGGUUUCAUGACCUGACCUUUGACCCCGACACUCCAGCUGGUCUCAGACCGGUUCUGAAGAAACUCUGCGCUCUAUACGGACUGUGGAGCCUCAGCAACCACACCACAACGCUCUACCAGGGUAAUUACCUGAGUGGAGGGAGACCUGCAGAGCUGAUCCAGAUGAGCAUCCUCACUCUGUGCACCCAGCUGAAGGACGAGGCUGUGGCGUUGGUUGAUGUUUUGGCUCCUACAGAUUUCAUUCUAAACUCACCUAUAGGCAACGCCGACGGACAGCUCUACAGGAACCUCUGGUCCACAGUGAUGCAGGGCUCUCAGGUCCUGGAGAGGCCUUCCUGGUGGAAAGAGUUCUGCUCCGACAAACCUACGGUCGGAUCGCUGCGUCCAAAACUCUAACUCCCAGAAACCCUCAGACACAUUCCCCAGCACACAUUGAUCUGCUUUAAUAAACACACACUGAUUUACUUUAAUAAACACACACUGAUACACUUUAAUAAACACACACUGAUUCACUUUAAUAAACACACACUGAUACACUUUAAUAAACACACACUGAUACACUUUAAUAAACACACACUGAUACACUUUAAUAAACACACACUGAUACACUUUAAUAAACACACGCUGAUACACUUUAAUAAACACACACUGAUACACUUUAAUAAACACACACUGAUUCACUUUAAUAAACACACACUGAUACACUUUAGUAAACACACGCUGAUACACUUUAAUAAACACACACUGAUACACUUUAAUAAACACACACUGAUACACUUUAAUAAACACACACUGAUCUGAUAUAUUGAUAAUGAAGAACACAAAGUGCCGAAUGAGAGGUUCUAUUUUUAUUGAUGUUAAAGCGUUGUGAUGUCAGUAAACACGUCUGUCUGACUCUUUAGAGGACUGUGGAGCUUCACGCUCACUCACUGCGAUGAAGAGACGCCGUCUGACUCUCAAAGGGUUAAAUCAUCCACUCGGGCGGGGUUUAUGAUGUUCAUAACUUAGUGACUGUGUGUGUGUGUGUGUGUGUGUGUGUGUGUGUGUGUGUGUGUGUGUGUGUGUGUGUGUGUGUGUGUGUGUGUGUGUGUGUGCAUGAGUAGUUGAUUCUUGUAAUUGGUGUCUUGAUUAAACUCUUCUCAUGGAGUCAGA